AUAUCAUAAUUAUUUCAUUAUUACUUAGUAUAGAUAAGAAGGAAACAUUUACAAUAAUAGAAGAUGAACGGGAUAAAUUCGGUUAACGGAAAUGCCGAUAACGAUGGGUAUUUACCUUUACCACAAGGAUUUGCUACUGCCGCCAUACACGCUGCCCAUGAACCGGAAAAAUGGGAACAUAUGAGUGUGGUCCCCCCAAUAGUCAUGUCCACCACAUUUAAACAACACAGUCCAGCAGUCCCAAAGAUAUACGAGUAUGGAAGAUCGGGAAAUCCUUCGCGAAAUACUUUGGAAGAAUGCUUAGCAGCAGUUGAAGGGGCCAAGUAUGCAAUGUGCUUCGCUUCAGGCUUGGGAGCAACGAGCACACUUUUUGGACUCUUUAAUUCCGGCGACCACAUUAUUUGCGGUGACGACUUGUAUGGAGGAAUUAGCAGACUUUUUAGGAUAGUUGGCAAGCCUCUUGGUUUAGAAAUUACCUUUGUAAAUGCUACUAAUUUAGAAGAAGUCGAAAAAGAUGUUAAACCUAACACCAAGAUGAUAUGGAUUGAGACACCAACAAAUCCAACUUUAAAAGUAAUCGAUAUAGCAGCAGUUUCUAAAAUUGCCAAAAAACACAAAAUACUUCUAGCUGUUGACAAUACAUUUUUAACGCCGUAUUUCCAAAGGCCUUUGGAGUUGGGGGCCGACUUAUCAGUUUAUUCCCUUACAAAAUACAUGAAUGGUCACUCUGAUAUAGUAAUGGGUGCCAUUGUGGUAAACGAUGAGGCCUUACAUAACAAAAUACGAUUUUUACAAAACGGUAUGUAA